UCAUGGAUUAUAGAUAAUUAAUGAUUAUUUUUGAAUAAUGAACAUUGAUAUAACAAUUGCACUGAUGAUAAUUAGUUUACAGUUAUUACAACACAUUGAUUGAUAAUAAUGGUUAUGAGGCGGCAUGGUGGUGUAGUGGUUAGCGCUGUCGCCUCACAGCAAAAAGGUCCGGGUUCGAGCCCCAUGGCCGGCGAGGGCCUUUCUGUGCGGAGUUUGCAUGUUCUCCCCGUGUCCACGUGGGUUUCCUCCGGGUGCUCCGGUUUCCCCCACAGUCCAAAGACAUGCAGGUUAGGUUAACUGGUGACUCUAAAUUGACCGUAGGUGUGAAUGGUUGUCUGUGUCUAUGUGUCAGCCCUGUGAUGACUUGGUGACUUGUCCAGGGUGUACCCUGCCUCUUGCCCAUAGUCAGCUGGGAUAGGCUCCAGCUUGCCUGCGACCCUGUAGAACAGGAUAAAGCGGCUAGAGAUAAUGAGAUGAGAUAAUGGUUAUGAAAGGUGACAGUUGUUUUUCUGUGUUUAAUGUAAUGCUCUGAUGAUUGUAUGACUGCAUAAACAGGUUUAUGCUGUUACCUGCUAUUAGGGCUGCACAAUUAAUCGAAUUUAAUCAAACAUCAUGAUUUUGGCUGCCACGAUUAAAUUAAAUGAAAAUCGCGAUUUAUUUCCAUUUAAAAUGCGAGCUCUGCUGCAUAUCUGAUCAAGCACUUUUUGACCAGUACUCCGCCAAACCAUUAGGGGGCGAACCGACGCAUGUAAGGUUUCAUUACUCCGCCUAAAUAAGCAAGCAAGCCAAGUGCGCAGAGCUUCAGUGCAGCGAUAUCUUCUUCAAGGGGUGAUAGCGUGAGAGUAAGUAACAGAUUGAGGUGAGAGAGAAAAGCUAACUAUGUCGGAACAACAGAGUCAAUCUGUGUCUGAAGAAGCGGGGGGAGGUGAGGAGGAGUUUGUCCCUCGAAAGGGCUCAAGUUCUGUUAUUUGGACGUAUUUUGGAUUCAGGGCGAGUGAUGUCCAACAAAAGCAGGCGAUGUGCAGAGAGUGUCAGAGAGUUGUGUCUGCCCCGCAGGGUAACACACCAAAUCUGUUUAAUCACUUAAAGCACCACGUAGAAAAAUAUAAUGAGUGCAUGAAAGCCAAAGCCAGCGUCGUUGGCACUGCACAAAAUCCCCGUCCCGCAGCCCCAACCCAGACAACCAUCCAAGCAACACUACACCGUGCAACACGAUAUUUACCCACAUCACACAGACACCAGGAAAUAACAGAUGCAAUCGCGUUUUAUUUAGCCAAAGCCAUGGCCCCAAUAAACACCGUGAAUAAUGACGCCUUCAAAAAAAUGGUGAAAACGCUGGACAAAAGAUACGAGAUGCCGUCAAGAAAUUAUUUCUCGAAAGUGGCAUUACCUGCGCUGUACAAUCAAUGUCGGGGAAAAAUUGAGAGAGUUAUCAGCGGUCCCGUUUUAUGCUACCACGACCGACCUGUGGUCAAGCAGGACCAUGGAGCCGUACUUGUCCCUGACAGUGCAUUACAUUGAUGAGGAUUUCCAAAUUAAAACCAGUGCUUGCAGACGUCAUUUUUCCCGCAAGACCACACGGGAGAAGCCAUAGCCCAGGGAUUGAAAGAGGCACUGGCUUCUUGGAGUUUGCAAGAGGAGAGACUUGUCUGCAUCACAACAGACAGUGGGGCCAACAUCGUCAAGGCAGCAUCUCUGAAUCAGUAGACAAGGCUUCAGUGUUUUGGCCACAGGCUCCAUCUGGCCAUUGAGAAUGCUAUGAGAGAUCCACGAAUUGACCGUGCAGUGGGGAUCUGCAAGAAACUCGUCAGCAGUUUCUCUUACAGCUGGAGGCACAAAAGGGAGCUAGCACAGGCUCAAAAAGAGCUGAAGCUUCCAGAGCAUGGGCUGAAGACAGAAUGCCCCACAAGGUGGGGAUCAAGACAGUCAAUGAUUUCAAGAGUCCUGGAGCAGCAUUGGGCCAUUUCUCAAGUCUUAGCGUCUGACCAAAAAGCAAGACACCUCAUCCCAACGUGGCAGGACACUGACAUCCUGGAAGCCAUCAACAAAGCCCUCCAACCUCUGACUGAAUUCACAGAUGCACUGUCCAGUGAGAAGUAUGUUAGUAUUUCCUUUGUGAAGCCAGUCCUCCACCUGUUCAGCUCCUCCAUCCUCAAGGCAAGUGAUGAUGCUCCAGACCUGACCAACACCAUCAAAACCAAAAUCCUCACCUACUUGGAGGAAAAAUACCAGGAUCCUGAGAUACAAGAACUGCUCGAUAUGGCAUCUGCUCUCGACCCACGCUUUAAGAUGAGAUAUGUAAAUGAGGACAGGGUUGCACCAAUCCAGGCCAGACUCGUAUCUGAGAUGGUUGCAUCUGCACGAAUGGAGAUGGACCGAACUGAUCCGUGUAGAGAGACUACAGACAACACAGAGGAUGCACCAAGUACAUCUAAGAAAAAGAAGACUUUGGGGAGCUUCUUCAAAGGCACUGGGGCAAACUCAACAAGAUCCUCUCUUCUCCAGGAGUAGCAGACCGUGGCCUCUGAGCUUCAUUCAUACCUUCAGUGUGCCAGCCUGGACAGUGAAGGGGACCCACUGGACUGGUGGAAAGGGCAUCAGCAACUGUACCCACGGAUUUCCCAGCUUGCGAAGAAAUACUUAUGUAUUCCAGCAACAAGUUCUCCGUCUGAGAGGGUAUUUAGCACUGGAGGCAAUGUUGUGACCUGCCUUCGCUCAUGUUUAAAGCCAGAGCAUGUUGAUAGGCUGGUCUUUCUAGCUAAAAACUUGUAGGCCUCAGUAUAAUGCUAUGUAAUUGUUGCAAUUGAGUUUUCAGUUCCUUCAUCCUUUGGUAAUUUCUUGGAUAAAUUUCAUUUAUUUGUCAUUUUGAAAUCAGAAUUUCUCUUUAAAAUUUCAUUCUGCACUGAAAGCUGUUCAUAUUGUUUGUUUGAAUAUAGUGAAAUAAAAUUUAAGUGAUUUCGCUAACAUCGAGUAAUCGUGAUUAAUAAUCGUGAUUACAAUUUUGAUCAAGAUAAUCGUGAUUAUCAUUUUUUCCAUAAUCGUGCAGCCCUACCUGCUAUAAUGCAGAAGAUACUUGUUUACACACCAUCACCACAUCAUCCUUUCUUCCACUCUCAAUAUUAUAUUAGGUUAUUUUAGAUUAGCUUAAUUUACAUUAAGUGGUUAGGUUAAGGUUUAGGUUAGUUAACCUAUUAACUUUGGAAGAAGGUUUUUUUUUUUUGUCUUCUGUCCAGCAG